AUGAAUAAAUCUUUUGUUAUCGCCUUACUCUUUGUCCUUUUCACUUCAACGUUUGCUUUCCCUUCUGCUGCUUCUCCAAAACUGAUCCCUCGACAAUUUGACCAAUUCGAAUUAUGUGAUGAUGAAUCAUACCCGGUAACGUUUAAAACGUUGUACAUAAUCCCUAACCCAAUAGUACCCGGUGAAAAUGUAACGGUUAACAUAACAGGAACAACACAAGAGCAGAUAGAAAAAGGAGCAAAGUUACAAAUUCAGCCACUGGCUUUUGGUUUCCCGAUUUCCACUUAUAAUGCCGAUUUUUGUACGGAAGCACAAGUAAAUGUAUGUCCGGUUCCUCCUGGUAAUUUCACUUAUUCAUUUAUAAUUCCUACCACUAUAACGCAAGAUUUUGAAAAUUCAAAAGAGUACCAAACGAAAAUUACUCUGAUGAAUUCAGACGAUGAAAAGUUAAUUUGUUUAGAAGGUUCAAUUAAAAUGGCUGAUGCUGCAUCGACUCAACAGACUCAAUAA